AUGGCAGCUGCAGAGUCUCAACCUGUACCCCAGGAUGGUAACACUUGCAAAGAAGGUAGUGGUUGUCCUUCUGGUGCUGGUGUUCUUUCCAGCGAAACUAUAGGUGGUGUUGAAGUUGGUCGAGAAGGUACUACUGAUUCACAGUGUACUACUGGCGGUACUGCAUCUGAAGAUUGUGUAAAUUGUUCUCAGACAGGGCAAUGCACUACUAAUGCCCGUGGGACUGAAGGUAUUUGUUCUUCUAGUGAUUCUUCUUGUCAACCAAAAGCACAGGAACCACUUCUAACUCCACAAGCAGAACAUGAGCUGAACGCUGUACAAACUGAUGGUCACACUGGAGGUCGACCCGGUGAAAAAGGUGCUGGAGAUGAUGCUCUUCCUGCGGGUCCUGCAGCCGCUCCUGUCCCUGCUGCUAAGGGUAGUGGUGAUUCAACAGGUAAAAAUAAUGCUGAGCGAGGAGUCGUUGGUGCCCCUGCUGAGCAAGUAACUCCGGAUACUGAAGGUAAAGGAGAUUCUAAUGGUGGUGCUGCUGGUGGUGCUAAUCUCCCUGCAAGUGAACCUGAAAAUGGAAGCGGUGAACACAGAACAACAGACAAAAGUGCCGCUAAAGUGGACGAUGAAGCACAACCUGCUCCUUCUCCCACCAAUUCAACACAAGAGAAUACCGGUGAUAAUAAUGCAAACGCUGAGAGUGGCACCAAACCUGCAGUGGGUGGGACACCAAGUAACCAAGAAGGUGCUGCAGAUAAUACAGAUACAACAACUACCACCACCACCACCACAACAACAACACUUCCUCCUGAACUCACAAACAACAAGAAGGGUGAUGCAGACAGCAGCAGCAGUAUCAGCAGUUCUGUGUGGGUGCGUGUACCACUACUGAUUGUGGUUACACUGGCCUGUAUUCUUGUGUACUGA